UACACCACUACAAAAUUAUCCACCCCAACCCAACCCCAUAACCCCCAUUCCCGUUCCUUCUUCCAUCACCAUUACCGCAACCACUUUUUCUCCAUUUUUCUUACUACUCUUCUUCUUCUGCACUCUAAAUCAAUCACAAUCAGUCAAUCAAUCAACCUCUUGCAUGUUCUUCAAAUCUCACCAAUCGAUUCCUACCGUAACUCUUCAUCCAACAGUUCGAUUUCACCUCAUUUGACGGUGAUUGAAAGCACUUCGUCGUUCAAUUGCAUGUUACGUGUUCCGAUUUAGCAUCACCGGUUCCGAUUUUGAAGAAUCGAUCGUUAUCGUCAUCAAUUCGUCAUCGAUUUAUCGUCGUUGUUGAAGUAGUGUGUGUAAUUAGAUCAGAAUCCGUCCAAUUGCAUGUUACGUUUUCGAUUUUGAAGAAUCGAUCGGUAUUAUCAUCAAUUUGUCAUCGAUUUACCGUCGUCGUUGAAGUAGUGUGUGCAAUUAGGUCAGAAUCCGUCCAAUUGCAUGUUAUAUGUACCGAUUUAGCAAUCAACGGCUUAGGCUUUGAAGAUUCGAUCGUUAUCGUCAUCAAUUCGUCUUCGAUUGAUCAUCGUUGUUGAAGUAGUGUGUGUAAUUAGGUCAGAAUCCGUCCAAUUGCAUGUUAUACGUACCGAUUUAGCAUCGCCGGUUUAGGUUUUGAAGAAUCGAUCGUUGUAAUCAUCAAUUCGUCAUCGAUUGAUCGUCGUUGUUGAAGUAGUGUGUGUGUUUGGGGUCAGAAUCCGUCCAAUUGCAUUUUAGCAAUCACCGGUUUAGGUUUUGAAGAAGCGAUCAUAGUCAUCAUUUUAUCGUCGUUGUUGAAGUAGUGUGUGUUAUUAGUUCAGAAUCCGUUCAAUUGCAUGCUACGUGUACCGAUUUUGGAAUCGAUCAUAAUAAUUAUCAAUUUGUCAUCGAUUGAUCGUCGUUGUUGAAGCAGUGUGUGUAAUUAGGUCAGAAUCUCUGAUAGUUUGACAGAUAGGAAUCAUGUCGGUACCUAAGGAGCCUGCGCAGGUGAUGAAGCAACGAGAUGGAUCUGUGCUUGGAAAGAAGACGAUUCUCAAGAGUGAUCAUUUUCCUGGAUGUCAAAACAAGCGAUUGUCGCCUCAAAUUGACGGUGCCCCAAAUUAUCGUCAGGCUGAAUCAAUGCGGGUUCAUGGUGUUGCGAUCCCUACUAUUGAUGGGAUCCGGAAUGUUCUUACAUAUCUUGGGGCUCAAAUGGAGGGGAAGCAAGCAAAUGUACUUUGGAUCAAUCUUCGUGAGGAACCGGUGGUUUAUAUCAAUGGACGGCCAUUUGUGUUGCGGGAGGUUGAAAGACCCUUCUCCAAUCUUGAAUACACGGGUAUCAAUAGGGCACGGGUGGAGCAAAUGGAAGACCGGCUAAAGGAAGACAUAUUGCUAGAAGCUGCUAGAUAUGGAAAUAAGAUCCUAGUAACUGAUGAACUGCCAGAUGGUCAAAUGGUGGACCAAUGGGAGUCUGUUACACCUGAGUCUGUGAAAACACCACUACAGGUAUACAUGGAGCUACAAACAAAACAAUUCCUUGUUGACUACGAACGCAUUCCAGUAACAGAUGAAAAGUCACCCAAGGAACAAGAUUUUGAUACAUUGGUUGAUCGAAUUUCCAGAGCUGAUUUAAAAACAGAGAUCAUAUUUAAUUGCCAAAUGGGACGGGGACGGACUACCACCGGGAUGGUGAUUGCUACACUGAUCUACUUUAACCGAAUAGGAGCUUCUGGCAUCCCAAGGACAAAUUCAAUUGGAAAAGUUUCUGUGUAUGGGUCAAAUGCUAGUGACAAUAUGCUUAAUACAGAGGAGGCACUCCUUAGAGGGGAAUAUACCGUCAUAAGAAGCUUAAUCCGUGUUUUAGAGGGUGGUGUUGAAGGCAAAAGGCAAGUCGACAAAGUAAUCGACAAGUGUUCCUCCAUGCAGAAUCUACGUGAAGCAAUUGCUACAUAUCGAAAUAGUAUUUUGAGACAACCUGAUGAAAUGAAGAGGGCAGCGUUGCUUUCGUUUUUUGUUGAAUAUCUUGAAAGAUAUUACUACCUUAUUUGCUUUGCUGUUUAUCUCCAUACAGAGAAAUCUUCUUCAAAUUUCACCUUUUAUCAUUGGAUGAAAGCUAGACCCGAACUCUACACCAUCAUUCGCAGGUUGUUAAGGCGGGACCCAAUGGGUGCACUUGGUUAUGCAAAUAUAAAAUCAUUGAACAAAAUAAACAAAUCUGGUGAUGGUCACCACCCUUCUGAGAUGGGCAUAGUCGCAGUAUCAAGAACCGGGGAGGUUUUGGGAAGUCAAACCGUUCUUAAAAGUGAUCAUUGUCCAGGCUGUCAACAACCGAAUUUACCCGAGAGAGUAGAAGGUGCUCCUAAUUUUAGAGAAAUUCCUGGUUUUCCUGUUUAUGGUGUUGCAAACCCAACUGUUGAAGGAAUUAAAUCUGUUAUUCAAAGGAUUGGUAGUUCCAAAAAGGGUAGACCUGUGUUUUGGCAUAACAUGAGAGAAGAGCCCGUUAUCUACAUUAAUGGAAAACCCUUUGUGCUUCGUGAGGUUGAACGGCCUUACAAAAACAUGCUUGAGUAUACGGGAAUUGACCGUGAAAGAGUAGAGAGAAUGGAAGCUCGUUUAAAAGAAGAUAUUUUAAAAGAAUCUGAACGUUAUGGUGGCGAUAUUAUGGUUAUUCAUGAAACCGAAGAUGGAAAAAUAUAUGAUUCUUGGGAGCAUGUUAGCAAAGAUGUAGUCCAGACCCCAUUAGAGGUUUUCAAGUCAUUAGAAGCUGAUGGGUUUCCCAUUAAAUAUGCACGUGUACCCAUAACUGAUGGAAAAGCCCCCAAAAGUUCAGAUUUUGACACAUUGGCCCUUAAUAUUUCAUCUGCAUCCAAAGAUACGGCUUUUGUAUUUAAUUGUCAGAUGGGUAGAGGGAGGACAACUACCGGCACAGUAAUAGCUUGCCUUGUGAAACUUCGGAUCGAUCACGGUCAACCAAUCAGGAUUCUCUUUGAUGAUGUGGCAUGUGGUGGUGAGUCAGACAACGGGACAUCAAGUGGUGAUGAAAGUGGGCCCGAUUAUGUAUCUAAAAGCAGAACACAAGCCAAUGCAAGUCAUGCAUUUGGCAUCAACGACAUUCUUCUGUUAUGGAAAAUAACUAGCUUUUUUGACAACGGUGUUGAAUGUCGAGAAGCAUUAGAUGCAGUUAUUGACAGGUGUUCAGCACUUCAAAAUAUCCGCCAGGCUGUACUCCGAUAUAGAAAGUUAUUUAAUCAACAGCAUGUUGAACCAAGAGAAAGAAGGGUGGCAUUGAAUCGUGGUGCUGAGUAUUUAGAACGGUAUUUUCGAUUGAUUGCGUUUUCAGCAUAUCUUGGAAGUGAAGCGUUCGAUGGGUUCUGUGAACAAGGGGAAUCUAGGAUUACUUUUAAAAGUUGGUUACAUCAGCGACCUGAAGUUCAAGCUAUGAAAUGGUCCAUUAGAUUAAGACCUGGUCGGUUUUUUACUGUCCCUGAAGAAUUAAGAGCUCCACAAGAGUCCCAACAUGGUGAUGCAGUGAUGGAAUCUAUUGUUAAAAAGCGUAGCGGUUCAGUUCUAGGGAAAGGGUCAAUACUUAAGAUGUACUUUUUUCCUGGUCAGAAGACUUCUAGUCAUAUACAAAUCCAUGGUGCUCCACAUGUUUACAAGGUGGAUGGUUAUCCUGUGUAUUGCAUGGCAACUCCCACAAUUGUGGGUGCCAAAGAGAUGCUAACUUAUUUAGGUGCCAAGCCCGGACCCACUACAGAAGGAAAUAAUGGUCCUCAAAAAGUAAUUUUAACCGAUUUGCGGGAAGAAGCUGUUGUAUACAUCAAUGGCACACCGUUCGUUCUUAGGGAACUAAAUAAACCUGUAGACACACUCAAACACGUGGGAAUCACUGGUUCAGUGGUAGAACACAUGGAGGCUCGGUUAAAGGAGGAUAUUAUAUCAGAAAUUAAAAAAUGUGGUGGUAGAAUGCUGUUACACCGUGAAGAAUAUAACCCUACGUUAAAUCAAACGAGUGUAGUAGGAUAUUGGGAAAAUAUAUUUAUAGACGAUGUAAAAACACCCACAGAAGUAUAUUCUGCUUUGAGAAAUGAUGGGUAUGAUAUGGUGUACAAAAGGAUACCGUUGACUAGAGAGAGGGAAGCCUUACCUUCUGAUGUUGAUGCGAUUCAGAAUUGUAUGGACAACAGAGGUUCAGGGUCUUAUCUGUUUGUGUCACACACGGGAUUUGGGGGCGUUGCCUAUGCGAUGGCUAUUAUCUGUUUAAGACUUGAAUCGGAAGGAAAAUUAGCAUCAGAUAAUCGAUAUUUGUUAUCUUCUGAUGGAAGUUCAUAUUUUGAAGCACGUGAAAGGGGUGAUUACCGUGAUAUACUUAGCCUUACAAGAGUUUUAUUGCGUGGGUCCGAGAGCAAAUCAGAUGUUGACAUUAUUAUCGAAAGGUGUGCUGGAGCUGGGCAUCUUCGAGACGACAUUCUGUUCUAUAGUAAGGAACUUGAGAAGUUUGAAGGCAAUGAUGAUGAACAUAAAGCAUACAUCAUGGAUAUGGGUAUCAAAGCAUUGAGGCGUUAUUUUCUACUAAUCAUGUUUAGAUCCUAUCUCUACUGUACUUCGGCUAUGGAGACGAAAUUCACAACUUGGAUGGCAAGCAGGCCUGAACUCGGUCAUCUUUGCAAUAACCUCAGGAUCGAUAAAUAAUGUCGCAUGUGUAAAUGUCUACAACGCCCUUUAUCUUGUUCCUGUAUAGUCAGCCGACUUCGUCUUAGUUUAUUACAGUCCUGCCAUUCUACCUACCGACACUCUGCCCGACCCUUAAUAUUUAUGAUGCUAUCAUUCCUUGGGAUGCUAUAUGCUGAUGAUAUUGUAUCUAGUGGUGAAGUUAGGUAGGACUUUAUGUAGAUUUUUAGAUUUGUAGGAUAAAACUAGCGUAAUGUGUUUUCAAGAUUCUCGCUGAUUUCCCGUUGAUUAUGUUAUAUGCAACUUUUAGGAUUAUAAUUUUUCAAGAUUUAUAUUUCUAUACAAUUGUGGAUUAAAGUUUGACGCGUUACGGAAAAA